CGACUCCGACUCCGACUCCCAACUCUUGGAGCACUUGGUUGUGGAGUUUCCUAUGCAAAAAACAAGAAAUACAAAAAAAAAUAACAAGCAAAAAGCAAAGCACACACGACGACUGCAGAUUGCGCAAAAAGUACAAAAAGUUGAAAAAAAAAAAAAAAAAAAAUAGAAAUAAACCUCCUCCUCCUCCACUGCCGAUGGCGACGCAUCGCUUGGCUGCUCCAACGAAAGCAACUUGGAUGGCGGAAUGGUUGGUAAGCCAGAGAAGCCACCGCCACCACCGGAGCCACCACUGAAGCUAUCUAAGCCCAGCUCCAGACGUUAUUCGCGUUUCCAAGCGCGCGCAACGCAUCCAAAAGCCAUCGCUCGUCGAGAUUACAAUUUUUUUUUUCUCAGUUUUUAUUUUUUUUUUUUUGUGUGCGAAUAAUGCGGAUUUUGUUAACAAUUCUCUUGGGAAUCCUGCCCUUGGGCUGGGCCAUUGUGGACGGCGGGCCGGGCAGGGAUUUCCUUCUCACUCCCCGGCCAGGACAUCAGCUGAGCGGGAAGCGUCUCUACUACGAGGAGCCCAGCUUGGAGCAGGAGACUGUAAGGAGGCCCUCCUUGGAGCCACGUCCCUGGGAGCACACCCUCAAGCAUGUCACCUAUGUGACCCUCUUCACGAACGCCGCCAUGGGCGCUGCAGCUGGAAAUCUGAGCCAGCUAAACGACUACCACGAGUUCCUGCAGACGCCCUACAUUCCGGCGGAGGACGAUCGUCGGGGCGGGGAUCGCUUCGGGGACAUCGUGACCCUGGCCAAGGGCUAUCUGGAGCAGUUGCCAAAUGGACGGAGCAACAGGACGUACCGGUUCCUGGAGGCAGGAGCCACCAGUGCCACUGCCAGCCCCGCCAAUCCCAACCAGAGACGGGCACUGUGGCAGGUGCAACGGAUCCGGCAUCGAGAUGGAGAACCGGGACGGCAUCACUACCACUACGAGAUGAAGUUCAGUGUGACGCCGCUGGAGAACAAGGCGUGGCAGCCGCAUCAUCGGAUGAGUUACAUCCAGAAGGAGUCCGACUAUCCGGCCAGUUUCGGGCGACUCUCCCACGAUCCUGGCUUUGCCCAAAGGCGCCAGGACAGAGAUAGGGAGAGAGAGAGGGACAGGGAGCGGGAGCGAGAGCAAUCCCAGGCCACCUUCGUCCAUGGCAUAUUCCAGCCGCCGCCACUGCCCCCAGUCCCGCCCAAGCUGAACAUCGGUGAGUAUCUGAAGGGACCAGCUGCUCCGGCGGAAGCUCCCAAGCUGGAGCUCUUCCCCGGACUCUUCAACCUGGGCCUGCGUCCCACCACCUUCCGUCCCAAUUAUCCGGGCGUCAAGUUCGGUGCACAUCCGGAACAGGAACGGUUUCCCACUCAGGUUACCAACAACGAGUUGAUCCACUUGGGUGGCGGAUUGGGAGGAUUAGGGGGACUGGCGGGAGGAGGAUCAGCUGGAGUACCAGUCAGACCUCCGCCGGCCGACAUCCCAGCCACUUCGGGCGCUGUGACCCAUCACUUCCAUCACCAUUUCUACGUGUCCCCAGCUGGGGGGGAUCCCGAGUUGAACUACCAUCGCUUGUCCAGCUCAUCUCCGCCAGAACUGACCACUCCGGCGCCCAGUUUCUAUUCCAACCACCAGACAGUCCACUUUCCCAGCUCCAGUUCAGCCUCCCUGGAGUCUGGCGAGGAUCAGGAACUGCGAACGCCCCAAAUCUACGGCCAGGCCUCCAAAUACCAAACUGCCAAGUUGCCGCCUCUGCUGAUCUAUGCCGGCGGUGGGAAUUCCAACGAGGAGGAGGCGGAGGAGGUGCCGGGCAACCGCCAGUCCUUUGUCCAGAGCGAGCCACUCGAGGAGACUGUCUAUCGGUACUCGGAACCAGAUCCCUUGUACGUCAACCAGAAUCCCAUUGAUGUUUUGCCGGAGAAGGUCGACCAAGAGAGAUAUCAUCCGGUGGAGAGGACUAAAGAGACGGAAACCCAACUGGAAGUGGUGGCCACAACAGAGUCACCAACAACUACCACUACUACUCCUAGGACAACGACUCCUGCCCCCACAGAGGCCACAACCGCUGUCAGCAAGCCCACCACAAGCAGCUCCAACUUUGUGUCCACCUCCACCCACUUUAGUCCACUGCGCAGCAUCAGUCGGUACCGGACCACGCCCCGGAUAACAGCUGGGAUAUCCACCACCACAACGACCACCACAACCACCGCAGAGCCAGUGCUGAGCAAGUGGGCCAAGAGGCGCAAGGAGCUGGACAGCAAGGCGAAGAGCAGUUUGCGGCACGAGGCCUUUGUGGCCACCACAUCCUCUCCCACGACCAGUACUAGUAGUAGUACCACUACCAGCCCUACCACCACCACUACGGCCAGUCCAAAGCCCCGGGAAGUGGUGGAGGUGCUAACCCAGAAGUCAGUCAGCCGAUCGGUGAGCAUAAAGGUGGGCGAGAACGGCGAGGAGAUUCCCAUAUUCGUGGAUGACGAAGAGAAUGAGGUGAAGCCCAGUACCAAAUAGGAAUAGGAAUCUAUAACAUACUCUAUAUCGUAAUCCCCUAGCCUAUAAGUCUUCAAAAUAAACAUAUGAAACAA